CGGAGGUUUGAGGCGGACGGUAGAACAAUGGAUACCACCGUGGAGGAGAAAACAGGCGGGGAGAUGGCAGGAAACCCGCUGGAGCCUUACAUAGAAUACCUGCGGCAGGAGCUCGAAAACCAAGAUCCCGUCUACAUAAUCGGAGCUGUUGUCGCGUUUGCUGUUGUUCUCAUCACCUUUGUUUUUCUGAAGUACUUCCUCACCAGUAAGACUGUACGGAGUGCCGUACUGCUGGUCGGAUUGUGCGACUCAGGAAAAACCCUCCUCUUCAGCCGGCUGCUAUCAGGAAAGUACAAAAGGACACAAACCUCCAUCACUGACAGCAGUGCCCCAUACAGAGCUAAAAACGACAGGGGUACCACCUGGACCCUGAUAGAUCUGCCAGGUCAUGACAGUCUUCGUGCACAGUACAUGGAGAAGUUCAAGUCUGCUGCCAGAGCCAUUGUGUUUGUGGUGGACAGUGCUCUCUUUCAGAAGGAAGUGAGAGAUGUGGCCGAGUUCCUUUACUUUUUGCUGACGGACAUUGUGAUCUCAAGGAAUGCGCCAGCGCUGUUGGUGGCAUGCAACAAGCAAGAUAUCACCAUGGCAAAAUCAGCCAAACUGAUUCAGCAACAGCUGGAGAAGGAACUGAACACAUUGAGAGUGACCCGCUCAGCAGCUUUGAGUUCUCAGGAUGGAUCUGUGGGUGGCAGUGUGCACUUGGGGAAGAAAGGCAAAGACUUCGAGUUUAGCCAGCUCCCCAUGAAAGUCGAGUUCCUGGAGUGUAGUGCCCGCGGCAGCAAGGGUGAUGAAGGGGAUGCAGAUAUGGAGAGCCUAGAGAAGAGCCUGGCUAAGCUGUAAAAUCAGCCCCUGACAUUCUCGGUGCAGACUUCAGAAACAGGAAAAGUUGAACUUCUCCCGCACCUUCCAGCUCGGUAAUCAAGAGGAGGUGACCACGAUCGUACCUCAGUGGAGUGAAUGUGGGUACCAACCAACCCUGUGUGAUAGGUUUAUUUGAAUCAUCAGACAAUCCAAUUUGUUUUAAUUCUGUCAAAAUAAAAGGACAUUAAAAGGUGGAAGAAUCGGGAAUGCAGAUAUCGGUUCCUUUCUUCAUCAGUGGAUUUUUAUGGGGAAGGCAAAUGUGACUGUGACAGUAGGUUUCAUUUUCCUUUUUUUAAUGCAUGCUCAAUCCAGGUAAGGAAAUCACAGAAAGGUGAAUCGGUUCAUCUGGACACCGUGUUUAUUAAGAGAAAUUUUUCAUUGCUCAUCUAAAUGACCCAAGAUACAUAAACAGAUGUUAUAGGUCACUGAGUUAAUCAUACAAACAAUAGGCCAUAAUGGCACAUCCUAAGUUUCUUGCAUCUAUUCUUAAAGAGAUACUUGCAUCAAACUCCGACUUUACUGUUGUUAAUCGGUGUAAGGAGUGUGGAUGUGAUCGAUAAGACAAAUUGUAGCCCUAAAAUCACAUUUAUGGCCAGAUGAGAGAUAUCGGCAGCCGAGUAACUGAUUUCCAGUUGGCGAAAAUUUGGUAACUUGCCGCGUCACGAAUUACCAUUAGCAUAGACGGCGUGUCCAUAGCGGGACGCUAUAAAAGCAGAGAGACCCCCCCCCCCCCGCUUCCUU